AUGGAUCACUGCAACACUCCCUUGAGUGGGAUUAUCGAGGAUGUCAAAGGAAGAUUAUCAUGCUAUAAGGAAGACUGGAAAUGCGGACGUCAUACUGGCUUAAGGAUAUUGGCUCCAACAAUGUAUAUCUUCUUUGCUUCUGCACUUCCUGUUAUUGCCUUCGGUGAACAACUAAGCAAAGAUACUGAUGGAUCUCUAAGCACUGUGGAAACUUUAGUUUCUACAGCUAUCUGUGGCAUCAUACAUUCAGUGCUUGGUGGGCAACCAAUGUUGAUUGUAGGUGUGGCAGAGCCAACAGUAAUUAUGUACACAUAUCUGUACAGUUUUGCUAAAGGACGUGAAGGCCUUGGACCACGUUUAUACUUGGCUUGGACAGGAUGGGUCUGCAUUUGGACAGCUUCUAUUCUAUGUUUCCUUGCAAUUUUCAAUGCUGCUUCAAUCAUUAGCAGAUUCACAAGGGUUGCUGGAGAACUCUUUGGGAUGCUGAUAACAGUUCUAUUCUUUCAAGAAGCUAUUAAGGGAAUUAUAAGUGAGUUCAGACCACCUAAAGGAGAAGACCAAACGCUACCAGCCUACCAGUUCCAGUGGUUAUAUAUAAAUGGAUUGCUAGGCAUCAUAUUCACGUUUGGACUUGUUUUUACUGCAUUAAGAAGCAGAAGCGCAAGGUCAUGGAGUUAUGGCACAGGGUGGUUUAGAAGUUUCAUUGCUGACUAUGGGGUUCCUUUUAUGGUAUUGCUAUGGACAGCAAUGUCAUAUGCUAUUCCAAAGGAGGUUGAAACUGGAGUUCCCAGAAGGCUCUUUACCCCUCUACCAUGGGAUCCUAAAUCGUUGCACCAUUGGACCGUUGCGAAGGACUUGUUUUCUGUUCCUCCAUUGUACAUAUUUGUUGCUAUCAUACCUGCUAUUAUGGUUGCCGGACUCUACUUCUUUGACCAUAGUGUAGCUUCACAGUUGGCACAACAGAAGGAGUUUAAUUUGAAAAGGCCAUCUGCUUAUCAUUAUGACAUUUUGAUCCUAGGUUUCAUGGUUCUUGUUUGUGGGUUGCUUGGUAUACCCCCUUCAAAUGGAGUUCUUCCACAGUCCCCUAUGCACACCAAGAGCCUCUCGGAUCUUAAGAGACAGGUUAUGCGCAAGAAGAUGGUUGAAAGUGUGCAAGAAAGCGUGAAGCAAAAUGCUAGUAAGUCAGAGAUAUAUGGGAAGAUGCAAGAUAUUUUCAUAGAGAUGGACAAGGGGAAUUCAACCAUGGAAGUAGAUAAGGAAUUGAAGAAUCUGAAGGAUGCAGUUAUGAGCAACAACACAGCUGAAGAGGAGGCUAAAGAAACAUUUGAUCCAGUAAAGCACAUAGAUGCCCACUUGCCUGUUCGGGUGAACGAGCAAAGACUGACCAAUCUUUUGCAGUCCCUUCUAGUUGGAGCUUGUCUUGGAGCAAUGCCUAUCAUCAGAAUGAUACCUACAUCACUUCUCUGGGGAUAUUUUGCUUAUAUGGCUCUUGAUAGUCUCCCUGGAAAUCAGUUCUGGGAGAGGAUACUGUAUUGCCUCGUCUCUCCUGGACGAAGAUACAAGGUUUUGGAAAGCGUCCAUGCUUCCUAUGUGGAAUCAGUGCCCUUCAAACAAAUUGCCAUCUUCACUGGUUUUCAGCUUGCUUAUUUGCUGUUGUGCUUUGGUGUGACAUGGAUACCUAUAUUUGGAAUCCUAUUCCCACUGCCAUUCUUCCUUCUCAUUAGCAUCAGAGAGCAUAUCAUGCCUAAAUUCUUCCAUGGACAUCACCUUCGGGAGUUGGAUGCAGCUGAAUAUGAUGAAGUUCCUUCCGUCCAUCGUCAUGCCUCCUCGGUCUCAUUCUCUGAAACAGACGCGUCUCCAGACGGUAACGAGGAUCAAAUAGACAUAUGUGAUGCUGAAAUAUUGGACGAGCUCACCACCCAUAGAGGAGAACUCAAACAUAGAACCAAAAGCAUCAGCGAGGAGAGGUCCUCCCAGGUUUUCCCGAAGGAGCAAAUGCAAUGA